CGGCUCCGGCUCCGCUGCCAUAAAGCGCGGCGGGAGCGCGGCGGGGCCGGGCCAUGCAGUGAGAGCCGCCGUGGGACCAGCACCGCCGGGGACACACCGCCCGCAUCAAGAUGCAGAGGUGCACCGCUUUCCUGCUUCUGCCUUUAAUCCUCUGUGCCACCCUCUCGGAAACACUCGGGCUGGUGUUCUCAGCGAAAGACAAAAGGGGUUGGACUUUGAAUAGUGCUGGUUAUCUACUUGGGCCACAUGCAGUAGAUAACCACAGAUCUUUUAAUGACAAGCAUGGUUUCACUGGUAAACGUGAAGUACCGCCUGAUGAGGAUAUUAAAGCAGGUAAUGAAGGGAACCUUGGAAGACCCCUGGCUGAUGAAAACAUUGUGCGCACAGUAAUUGAAUUUUUGACUUACUUGCAUCUGAAAGAGGUGGGAGCACUUGACAAGCUACCUACACCAGAGGAAAUUAACCAGUCUUGAAGAAUGCAUUUUUAUUUUGUUGCAGUGUAGAUUUAGACUGAAUUCUAAACAAAAGACCUAAAUGACCUGAAGUUAAGAAGUAUAGUUUGCACUUAUCUGAUAAAUGGUAAAGUGUUCUGCCCUCUGGUUGGUUUGUUGGAUUAUUUUUUGCUUUUUUUUCCUUCCCUCCCUCUCCUGCAAUGUCAUCAUGUAUAAUUUUGCUUUGGUAAAUAUUUUCUGUAGGUAAAUGAUAAAAUAAAAAUAAAGAGCAACAAA